AAAUUGUCACCCCCAUCACUUAACGUGCGUUUCAGUUGCUAUGACAAGCAUGUAAAACUUUCAGUAGAUUUACCUGGUGUAUGGAUUUCCAAAUGUCUUAAGGGUACGCGCUGAAAUGUCGGAAGCAGUGUUUCAGGCACCUAAACGCCGUGCCAGAGUGUACGAAGCGUACGAAGCUCCGUUCCCCGUUCUAUUGACAGCAGAGGAUGCAAAACUACCGGUGGAUCUAGUCUACAGGGCAGAGAUAGUGAAUAAGAAUGUUAUAGUCAGGGAUCCAGAUCACAUACAGGCUUUGUAUGGCAAGGGUUACUUUGGUAAAGGGAUGCUGUCCAGAGCCAGGCCAGAUUACUGCAUCUCUAAUACGUGGGAAAAGCUUGGUGACCGUCAUCUACCGGUCAUCUCUCUAUCUAAAUAUCAACAGCGUCUGAGCUGGGUACGGGAUGGCCUUCUUGGCCAGGGAUUGGACCUGGACACUGUCAGUCAAACACUACAAAAGUUCUCACGGGAAGUAGAGAUUGUAGACAGAGAGAUGACUGGAGUUGAGAAUGGACGUAAUGAAGGUGAGACACCACACAGCCCUACCAGUGAAGGAGUGGAGAGGGCAGGAGGAAUAGACCUGGUAGAUACUUCCCAGGAGGCUGAGCUAGAUGGUCAUGUCCCCCAGGCCAAGAGGCCAAGGAGGCAGGGAGACCCCAGGUUUGACCCCCUAGCAGAACUCUAUCCAGAGGAGCCAGAGCAGGUGGACCAGCAGGUCCUAUCGAAGGUCAAGUGUGCCAGGCAUGACGACUGGAUCAUUCACUGUGGCUGUCGGCUGGAGGAGAGCCAUCUAAAGGCAGAGGCCCAGACCAGAGAGAACUCGCAGAGAGACUAUCCAGGCCAUGAGUAUGUGCUUGUGGAGGAAGAGGAUGAGGAGGAGGAAGAACAGAAGAAGGAAAUGGGAGAGAGAGAAAGACCAUUAAGGCACGUAUGCCGAAUUAACCCUUUCACACUGAUAGAAUACCUACAGCUGAGCUUAGAAGAGACAUUUUUCUUGGUCUAUGCGUUGGGGUGCCUUUCAGUUCACUACGAUGAGGAGCCAUUGUCGAUUUGCCAGCUUUGGGAAAUGUUCAGUUUUAUUCAGCCCCAUUUUGAGACAACGUACAUGGCCUACCACUAUUUCCGUAGUAAAGGCUGGGUCCCCAAGCCUGGAGUCAAAUACGGGUCAGACUUCAUGCUCUACAGAAAAGGACCUCCUUUCUACCAUGCAAGUUACUCGGUGGUGGUGGAGAGGGUAGCUGAGUCAUUCCAAGAUGCACCACUGCGACCCUUCAACUGGAGGUCACUGGCAGCACUCAGCAGAAUCACCGGCAAUGUCUCCAAGGAGCUGAUGUUUUGUUACGUCAUCUAUCCAGAGGACAUGACAAAGGAGGACCUGCGUUCUCCUGAGUGCGUGCGCAGGGUCAGAGUUCAGGAAGUCAUUGUAAGCAGGUGGAUAUCAUCGCGAGAACGCACAGAGCAAGAUGACAUUUGAUUUGUAGUUGUGGAUUGGACACUUUUCUUUUUUUACUCCUGUAUGUGUAUGCAUUGAUUGUCUUGAAGAUUCUCAAUAACUUAUAUUAGUUUGCGCUUGCGAUUUUUCCAUCACAUUUUCUGUGAAAAUACAAAUAAACAUGUUUUGCACAUG